CAAGGAGAAGGGGGAGAAGGAAGAGGAGGAGAUAGACGAGAUGCCGCUGGUUUGUGAUGUAUGCGGGAAAACUCCGGACGUCGAAUGUGAGGAAUGCGGCACCGUGUACUGCUCCAACACCUGGGUCGGCAACCCCGGGUGCUUCAUCAGGGAUCACGAGCGGGGGAAUCGCCGCAAGCACACCAAACGCGGAUACACGCACGCAAAGGACUUGUUGAAGAGGGCAAAGAGGAAGGAGAAGGAGGAGAAGGAGCGAAAAGAGCGGGAAAGUCGCCAGAACGGGGAGGCCCGCCGGGACGAAAAGGCCGACAAAAAGCGGCGCCUGAAACUGGCUCAAGAACGCGAGGUGAGAACCGGCUCCGUCGAAAUAUAA